AUGGGCAUAGUUCAAGCGCUUUUGUCAGUCUUCCUUGACGAUGGCGAUAAGCUACGCUGUAUAAAUGCUGGAAAGUUGCGAAUAACCUUCCUGCUUCGGUCUCCCUUGUAUUAUGUCUGCGCAUCAUCGUGGGGUGAGCCAGAGUCCGUCACUCGCUCACACCUCGAGUAUCUACAUCUACAAAUACUAAGCAUUGUUACGGCAUCCCAACUGCGACGCAUUUUCGAGCGUCGCACGAACUUUGACUUGCGUAGGUUAUUAGACGGUUCUGAACCAUUUUUGUUUUCGUUGUUAGGUCGAAUAGAACUCGACCUUGCAAUAGCGACUUCUUCCUUGAAUUGUCUACAAUUGGACCCAAGCUUGCGAGCGCGUGUUGCUGAAGCACUGGUACCGACCUCAAAGAUGAAGGAUACCCUCUACAUCAUUUUAGUUGCACGGGGUCAGGUCAUAACAUUGGUGCGGCCUAAAAAGCAUUCAAUACACCCUGCUGGCACGUGCCCUUUCUUUAUCCUGAUGUAUAUACACAUUCUAGUCAAUACCGUUUAUUCUCCGUCUAUUGUCAACUCGCCUGCAUCUGCAUCAUGGAUUCCAGUUUGUCUACCCAAGUUCAACCCUGCUGGUUUUGUCAACGCAUACAUCACUUUUUUACAUCGCCCUGACACAGAGUAUAAAUCCUAUCAGAGCACAACACCCGAAAGCAAUGAAAGUGCAGAUACCACUGGCGCCAGCCAUGAAGAUUCUGGCAUCGGACUUGUGUGCAUCAGCGGUGGGGGAGAGUUCGAGACUGUGCGAGCAUGGUGCGACAUCGUUACUCAGAAAUUGAACGAUGACGGAUCCCUCGAUGCGCUGACCAGAGCUGUCGACUCCGGGAAAACACGCUACUUUGCCUCUCAGUUGGGGAUACCUGGACUACGACACUUUGUUUAUAAGUCCAGGCCACAUGUUCAGAUUACCUUACCGGCUUUCGAGGAGCCUUAUGAUACUCUCGAUGCGAAGCGAAGGAUUGUCACGUUGUACCAGAUCGUACAUGACGCUAUACAUGCAAAAUCUGGGCAAACGGGAAACCUCAAGCUGCAAUACAUUCGUACAGAGAAGGAAAUAGUCAUGGGUUGGAUAACGCAGCCGUUCGAACUAUAUGUGGUUUUAUCGCCGCGGUUACCCAAGGCCGCGGUGAUCAAUGCUGCGAAUGCAGUUACUCGAUGGGUGAAGAAAGAAGAAGGCCAACUUUUUCUGAGGGAUGCCCCAGUUUUUUAA